CGCGCGCGCAUCGGUGAGUCAGAUCACCCCCCCCCUCCCUUUGUGUUAGAUGAAUAUUUUGUAUCAAAAAUAACAAAUGUUAUUGUUUCAGAAGGAUGUUUAUAUAUUUUUUUUAUUUGCUUGCAUAAGGCUUCGUUCACAUCUGUGUGGAAGGCACCGUCAUAGAUUCCCUCAAAAAUCCUGGGCUGCAUGCUACAACGUUUUUGUUUGGUAAAAUGAUGGAGCGCUCAGCUGACCCGUGGGGGGGUGUUGGGUGUCAUUUGUACCCACAAUGCAGCUGAUGCAGCACUUUUUUAUUUUUCUAUUGUAACUGAUCAGAACAGAAAUGUUUUUGCCGAUGUGAAUGAUGCCUAGAUAUGUGAAGAAAGCACCAGUAGAGUAGUCUCACCUCGGGAUAGGUCAUCUCUAUAUAUCUGAGGGGUCCAACUCCCAGUAGCCCCGCUGAUCACCUACCAGUGACAUGACGCACAGGUAAUUAUCAGCGCUUACACAAGUACUUCAAGCAGCUGACCGUGGGGGUGUCGGAUCCCUACCAAUCUGAUAUUGACCCAUCCUGAGGGUAAUCAAUAUUAAACCACUAUACUCCUUCAAGGGCUGCACUCAGAUUGUGUUUUAGUCCACACAUAGGGCUGUAUUACACCAGGCACAUAAUUGUCAGAAGAGAAGCUUCCCUUCCUGACAAUUACGUGUAGCGAUCUCCUCCAUAGUAUGGGGAGGAGUGAUUGCUAGUGCCAAAUGAUGAUUUUUAAACCAGGUGAAAGAUUUUGUUUGCCCAAUGAACAAGCGUUUACUCGUUUGUCAGGUAAUCGGCAGCAGUAUUACACUGCCAGAUCGUUGCUAACCAGCGUUCCUGCAAACGCUGGUCAGCGAUGAUUUGCCUAACAAUCGGCUGGUGUAGUACAGCCUUUAGUACGCCAUUAAAGUUCCAGAUGUACAUGCUGAUCAUGAGGGUAUAGCGCCAGUGAAAGCAUCAUAGACACCAGAGCAUAUUACUCAUGUGUAUUCAUGCAUAAUACUUUCAGUAUAAUUCUGUAGAAGCAAGAUCAGGCAGUAACACACAGCAUUAUAAAUCAGUAUGAUGCCAUGUGAUUCCGUGGAAUAAGCAGUGUCCGUAAUGGAAAAUCACACUCGCACACGCUCAUCUGAAAUAGGCCUUAGGGGUGAGUUCACAUGACCCCUAUUUAGUUCCGUUCUGCUCUGUUAUAGGAAAAUAACGGAAGUGCCGCCUGGGAUACAUAACUGACACGACCGCAGCUGAAUAAACCCCAUUGCUUGUAAUACAGUCCGUUCAGUGUCCAUUCAGGAUCCUGUCUUUUUACCAGACCAGUCCUGCUUUGCAGGCCUCUUAUUGGCCGGAGUUUUUGAUGGAACCUGUGACAGAGACCCUGAACUGAGCCUCCUAUGCAGAAGUGAACAAGUCGUUAACAUAUGUAUGCCUAUGUAUUAUUUCUUAGAAUUACUGCAGCUUUCCUACUCCUCGGCUAGGAAUAUUUGCCAAAAAUGCCGAGAGGAGUAUUUUCACACCGGAAAAAAAAUAAAAUGAAGUGUGACCUCUGCAUCCACAGUUAAGUUCCAAACGAGCGUCAGAAUUUAAGCAGGUGACAUUCUUUCAGACCCUAAAAAUGGCUGUAGUGAUCCGCUUACAGGGGCUUCCUGUUGUUGCUGGUUCGGUUGAUAUAAGGCAUUUCUUUACUGGUUUGCAAAUUCCUGAUGGAGGAGUGCAUAUUAUUGGUGGAAAUCAUGGUGAGGCUUUCGUCAUAUUUGCAACAGAUGAAGAUGCCAGGCGAGCCAUGAGUCGGACUGGGGGUAUCAUUAAGAGCGCACAAAUUCAGCUCUUACUCAGCAGCAAGACAGAAAUGCAGAAUACGCUAGAAAUGAGCCGUAAAACUAACAAGAAUCCAAAGCAUCCUGCUGUACCACCUUCUGGUGAUAUGAACCGGUCAGCAAUGGUGAAGAAAGGACCAAAUCAAAAUAAAUUUGAGAAAAAGAAUUAUGAUUCUGACUUGCAGAACAGUGGGCCGAAACACCGCGAAUCAUAUGGCCAGAAAUACGACACAAACGAGGUGAAUUCUUCCAGUGAUGACGUUUACGUAUCUCUCUAUGGGCUACCAUACAGUGCAACAGAGGAAGAAAUCAGAAAUUUUUUUAAAGGCCUGGAUGUAGCUGAUAUUAUUUUUACUUUGCGACCAAACGGUCUUAAGAAUGGAAAUGGUUAUGCGAAAUUUAGAAGCGCAAAGGAUGCUGAAGCAGCAUUGGCUUUUCACAAUCAAUAUAUAGGUCACAGGUUUAUAUCUAUAUCUAAAGCAAGUGAAGAAAAGUGGGUGAUGGCUGGAGGAAAGGUUGGUGAAGCUUACUCCAAACAACCCAGGAGACGAACAAGGUCUAGAUCACCACAAAACCAACAGUUUUAUGUGCAUCUGAAAAACCUACCGUAUGUAGUAGAGAAAGAAGAUAUUAAGAGAUUUUUUGGAGUACCCGAUAUAGAAGAUUCCCAGAUCAAAUUACUGUUUGAUAAGCAGAGCAGCAGGCUAAGGGAAGGCUUUGUCAUGUUAAAAAGUGAGUGGCAAUACGAGAAAUGCCUUAGUUUACACAAAAGCAACUUUAAGGGUCGGCCAUUGUUCAUCCUCCCCGUCCCUCGGAAGGCAAUGCUGGAAAUAAUUGAAUCAUAUGAAACCAAGACACCGCCAAAACAAGAACGCCCAUACGAGGAUUAUGCAAGAGGAGAGCCCUCGAGUCUAAAGAGAUGCAUAUACAUAAGAAAUUUUCCCUUUGAUGUAACUAAAGUUGAAGUUCAGAAGUUCUUCACUGGAUUUUUUUUGCAUGAAGACGAUAUAAUCUUGCUUUUUGAUAACAAAGGAGUUGGAUUGGGAGAAGCCCUAGUAAAGUUCCCAUCUGAAGAACAAGCACUGCGUGCCGAAGGCUUGAAUCGUCAACAGUUUUUGGGGACAGAAGUUCUUUUGAGGCGUAUUUCUGAGGGACAGAUGAAAGAGUUUAGUCCCUUCAAUGAUGCUCCAGUUCCAGUGUAUAGAAAUGAGUACACAAGAAUUCCGCUACCAGAAGGCCCUGACAGGUCCUAUGGGUUGCCUGAAUUUGAGCGUAGAGAGUUUAGAGGUUCUCCAGAAAGGAUAAGUGGCUCUUAUCCGAUGGAGUAUGCUGGUGGAGAUGAGUCUUUUGACAUGGGAAACAAUCAUAUUGACUACGAUCAUUACUUUUCAGCUCCUCAUCACAACUUUGAUAGCAGGUCAGCAGGAGCAGUAAUACACAUGAAAAACCUACCAUACACCAUUACCAUUGCAGAAAUUUCUGACUUUUUCUAUGGUUACAAUGUCAUUCCAGAUUCUAUAGAUAUCAAGUUUAAUAGAAAAGGAAUGGCCACGGGACAUGCUACCGCCUGCACUAACAAUUAUGAUGAAGCAAUGGCUGCCGUGAAUGAGCUAAAUGAAAGACCUAUUGGAUCACGGAAGAUAUAUUUGACUUUGAACAGGAUCUGAAAGGUCUCAAUGGACUUGGUUUUAAGCUCCUGUUUACCACUGUUAUGCAUGUCUAGAAAAGUUUCUCACAGUAGUUGGAAGGUUUUUGUUCUAAAAGUCAGGACUUUCAGUUUUAAACAGUUGGUCAUAAUGAGAAACGAGAUCGAUUUUUGUUAGUGAACACAUUCCACAUUCUGUCUUCAGUUAUUCUUGUGCUACUUUGUUCGUUUUUGGAUUAAAGUGCUGACAUACAACCAUU